AUAAAAAUGGUUAAAUUAUAUGCUCUAACAAUACUGUACAAAGGUCCAACAUCAGCGACAGCUUUAAAAUCUGUUUAUGACGUUGAUUCAUUUUCCUAUUUUCAACGUGGAAGUGUCAAAGAAUUUAUGGGAUUUGUGAGUAAGACAAUAACUGAGAGAACUCAAAUUGCAUCACGACAAAGUGUUAAAGAAGGAGAAUAUAUGUGUCAUGUUUACGUAAGAGGUGACAGUUUAGCUGGCGUUUUAAUUUCGGAUCAUGAAUAUCCGAACAGAGUGUCACAUACACUUAUUACCAAAGUAUUAGAUGAAUUUGCAGCAAAGUAUCCUUCUAAUUCAUGGCCAACAUUGAAUGAACCGACUUGUGAUUUUCCACAAGCUAAUCACAGCACUUUAGAAGCAGUAUUACAAAGAGGUGAAAAAUUGGAUGAUUUAGUUCAAAAAUCAGAAGGUCUGAGUAUACAAUCUAAAGCAUUUUAUAAAACUGCACGUAAAACUAAUUCUUGUUGCAGUUUGACAGCUUAA